AUGCAUGUGAUAAGGCGUGUUUCGCUGCUUCCCAAGGCCAAUUUUGGGUUUCUCAUUGAAGGAGGAUGUGGUUCUAGUCUUGCUGCAGAGGUGGCUGAUGGAGACGGUGGACGUGUGUUUUGUGCAUUGCCAUUUGACCUGUUCGGGAGAGAUUCGAGAAAAGACGCUCAAAGGACAGCCAACCUGGACUUUGACGCCCGCGUCCCCAUCCCCUUCAGUGUCUUCCCGUCGUCGUACCGGAGUGACGCUGUUCCUGAGACUACUCCUGCGCCUGAGAGAGUAGAGGGAGAAGUCAACCUCGUUAGCACUUCGCACGUCGAACGGGAAGAUACUCGAACCUCUGCUCCUCUCCCCGACCCCAAAGUCUACGGAAAGGAAGAAGUCGAUCUUCACGUCGAACGUCGCUCUGAUCGCCGAGGUGACAACUGGACUGUUGUCGACGAACGUGUGCAGGAAUCCCGCUAUCCCCAGGUAGACCUCGCCCGUGACCGCUACCGCGAACAAACCCCUGCGCCUCGCCAGCCCAACUACUACCAGGACUACUAUCAAGACAAGAAGCAGACCUACGACACCGCUCUUGAGAAGCAGCUCGACAGAACUGAGCACGAGUACCGCCGUCGCUUCGACCCAACCUACGACGUUCAAUCCUCUUACAGUCGCUCCCGAGGCCCUGUAGAGUCCUUUGAAGCUCCUCAUCAGCAAACCUCUGACGUCUACAGCCGCACCUCUGCGCCUAAAGUCACCUCCUACGAGCGCGACUUCCAGACCCGCAACCUCGACGUCACUCGCGGAGACUCUUACACCGACCGCCAGGUUAGCGUAGAGAGUGUCAAGCCCCUUCCUGCUCCUAGCACCUCUCAAGUCAAGGUUCUCAAGACCACUACCGUAGUUGAUCACCCCAAAGCUCGCAAGAUGGGUUACUACGACGACGACGGUAACUACCACUCCUUCCGUCGUGGUGUGGAACGCGCUGUCGACCGCAUCACGCACCCCUUCCAUCACCACCAUGACCAUCAUGACCACCAUGACACCCACGCCCACCGCGAGGAAGUUGUUGUCGCUGACGACCGGGUUUCAGUUCGCGCUAGCGAGAAUGUCCGCAUUGUCGAGCCUCGUGGUGGCGGUUCUCCCGCCGAGACCGUUCCGAUUCCCACUCACUUCAUCCGUGUCGGCGACAUCCUUGUUCUCCAGGGCCGUCCCUGCCAGGUCAUCCGCAUCUCUACCUCUCCCAUGACCGACCAACGCCGCUACACCGGUGUUGAUCUCUUCACCCGCGAGCUUCACGAGGAGUCCAGCUUCAUCUCCAACCCUAAGCCCUCCGUUGUCGUCCAGACCAUGCUUGGUCCGGUCUACAAGACCUACCGCAUCCUUGACAUCCAAGAUGGCACCAUUGUUGCCCUCACCGAGGGUGGCGAUGUCAAGAGCGGCAUCCCCGUUGUUCCCCAGAACAAACUGUACCAGCGCAUCAAGGAAGCCUUCCACGAGGGUCGUGGCGGCUCUGUCCGCGCUCUGGUCAUCAACGACGGAGGCCGCGAGCUGGUUGUUGACUACAAGCUCAUCCACUCUUCUCGUCUGUAA